ACUAGCAAUGUACGCUAGUAAAGUAAAUAAAGUCAGUUUUGAUUUCAUGCGGACUUUAAGGUAAUUUAAUUUCCCAAACAGCGAAGCAGUUUUACAGAACAGAGUCCAGUUGCUCAAUAUAUUUUAAGACUAUAUGAAUUUUCCUUUACAUUAAUGCCUGAAUGUGCGCGCGCGCUUCUGAGCCUCGACCGGUUAAUAAAACGGAACUAGGAAGUGAUCCUCAAAGCAGAUGACUCUUUAACGUCAGAGUUAAGAUGGCAAAAAGAAAAAAUGUUUCUAAAAUAGUGGUGGCAUGCGAGUGGGCAUCAUGCACUUUCAAGAGUCAAAGCAUGGAGGAGUUGAGUGAUCAUAUGUCUCUGCAUCUGAAGGAGCAUCUUGGGGAGGGAGAUGCCAUGGAGGAACUGGAGGAUUAUCCGUGUCUGUGGAGGGGCUGUGAGUUCCUGGCGAUGGGAAGCCAAAGCGAGCUAAUCGCUCAUGCCCAUUUCCACAUCUUCCACAGCAAGCUGAAAUACAUUGGGACUCAGCUCCUUGAAUCCCACCCUGAACUGCCUAGUUGCACUCAGGAUCUUCACAGCAGCAGUCUAGUCCCAGAUGUCUCUGAGGGGUUCGUCUGUCAGUGGCAGCAAUGUGAUAGUUCCUUUAAUAACCCUGAGUGGUUCUACCGUCAUGUUGACAUGCACGCACACUGCACUGAGCUCCAGCCGCUUCCUGAUCGACAGCAGGCUCUCUUCUGCAGCUGGUCAGGCUGUGAUGCUUUCUUUAAAAUCAAGUACCGUCUCCGUGAGCAUCUGCGCAGUCAUACACAGGAGCGGCUGGUCGCUUGCCCCACCUGCGGCUGUAUGUUCUCCAGCAAUACUAAGUUCUUUGACCAUAUCCAGAGACAAGCAGAACCAGAAGAUUCUCUAACAUGUAGACAUUGUGACAAAGCAUUUGCCAACGAGAGGCUGCUGAGAGACCAUGUUCGUCAGCAUGUGAAUCAUAUAAAAUGUCCUCUCUGUGACAUGACAUGCACGUCCCUUUCCACCUUGAAGAUCCAUAUCAAAUUCCGUCACUGCGAUGAGAGGCCCUUCCCGUGUGACUUCUGUGAGAGCAGCUUCAAGAACCAGCAUGAUCUGCGGAGACACAUGGAAACUCACAAUGAGGGAGCAGCAUACCACUGCACAGUAGAGGGCUGUGGAUACUCUUCACGCAUGGCCCACACCAUGAACCAGCACUAUAAACGAGUACAUGAGGACAACAUGGUUCCAAGGUAUAAAUGUCACCUUUGUGACAAGACCUUCUCUUGGUGUUACACACUCACCCUCCACCUUCGAAAGAAGCAUCAACUCAAAUGGCCAUCUGGACAUUCCCGUUUUAGGUACAAGAAGGACGAGGAUGGGUAUCUGCGGCUCAACAUGGUGCGUUUUGAGACUGUAGAGGUUACGGAAGAGUUGAUCAAAAACAUGGCUGAAAAGCGCACCCCUCGCAAGGUCUCUGGUUCAACCAGUCACUCCAAGGAACCCAUGCUGCAUCCCGACAGCGGCAAUAGCACUCCCCAGCAUUCUUCCUCACCCUCCUCUCCUUCCUCAUCUUCUUCAACCUCAGAGCUCCUGGAGGGAACUGACAGCAGUGGAUUAAAAGGCGAUGAAACAUCUGUGUAUUGUGUGUUGAACACUGUGACUGAGGUCAGUGGGGAUCCAGAAGAAGUGGCCCAACCUGCAGGGCCAUCAGGGGCUGUUAGAGCUUUGGCUGCAGUGGCUAGAGGUCUAGGAAUGGAUGUGGUGUAAUCUCAUACCUAUCAAAUGCAGUUCUUAUCAGAGAUAACCUGUGUAAGAAUACACAACCUGUUUAACCUCCAUAGAUUAAACAUUUUCCAUUAGAUCAAUGUUUUUAUUAACUAAUAUGCAAAGUUUAGAGGCUGAUGUUUUUUUUAAGCAUUUUUUAGGUUUUUACAUGAUCUCAGGUGUCCAAUACAUAUUUGUACUUUUUUUUGUUCUCCAUGUAGCACUCUGGCUGUUUUUUAUUUU